AUGUGCAACAGCUCAAACGCGGGCCCCGCAGAUGACGUCACCGCUUCAUCACAACACCCCAACCGCAGGAAGGCGUAUAAGGACCUGGAUGUCGACGCCACAGGGGGCGUAGAUCACAAGGAGGUUGCCAUCGGGCUGCUGAAGCUCUACGACAACCUGUGCCAGAAGUUUGACAAAGACGACGACGGCUUCAUCAGCGAGGACGAGUUUUUUGAGCUGGCCAAGGUUUUGUUUGGCACCAAGAAGAAUUGGCGCGACUCCCUACCCUACAUUUUCGGCAGGACCCUGCUGCUGAACCUGGUGAUCUGCCCCAUGGCCGCCAGCGAGAUAGUGCGCAUGGUGCGCACCAAGGACGGCCGCUACGACCUGCCCACCGCGCCGAUAGCUAUGAUGCUCAGCAUGAUCGCGGGCUACGUAUUCAAGAAGAUCUGA